AUGGCGGGUGGGAUCCCAGCUCGUACCUGGCAGCAGUACCUCGAGUGGGCUGAAGACUACUUUCUGUUCCCCAACAGCCGGACGGCGCUGCUCCCGGUCGUAGCGUUCAGCUUCGAUGGAACGUCGCAGACCAUCAUCGUCCGCAACAAGAGCAGCGCCCAAUACACUGGGGCGAGCAUCCGGGCGCUGUUGAUCCGUAUCACGGACUCGGGCCAGCUGGAUGGCGCCGCAGAACGGGACGGGCGUGAUCUACCGGCCAAGUUGGACAUGGGGACUUGCUUGUUGGAGUUCUGGGAUGACAAGAAUUUGGCUGAGAGGUGGCCAGAGUGGAAGGUCGAGACGAAGCAAAUAGGCUGCUCGUCACAAUGGUAUACCCGAAUUCUAGGAUGGUCAGAUCAGAAGAUCAAAGACGAAUUCGGCCUGGCAUCUUCAGCCGGUCCUGAGAUCAACUUCGAAGGAACACCUUGA